UUUCGGCUGGGCCCUCAGUGGAAUUGGAGUUGGCGGUCGAAAUGGGAGUCCCCAAGUUUUACCGAUGGAUCUCGGAGCGGUAUCCCUGCCUCAGCGAAGUGGUGAAGGAGCAUCAGAUUCCUGAAUUUGACAACUUGUACCUGGAUAUGAAUGGAAUUAUACAUCAGUGCUCCCACCCUAAUGAUGAUGAUGUGCACUUCAGAAUCUCAGAUGAUAAAAUCUUUACGGAUAUUUUUCACUACUUGGAGGUUUUGUUUCGCAUAAUUAAGCCUAGAAAAGUGUUCUUUAUGGCUGUUGAUGGUGUGGCUCCCCGGGCAAAAAUGAACCAGCAGCGUGGGAGACGUUUCAGGUCAGCAAAGGAAGCAGAAGACAAAAUUAAAAAGGCAAUAGAAAAGGGAGAAACUCUUCCUACAGAGGCCAGAUUUGAUUCCAACUGUAUUACACCAGGGACUGAAUUCAUGGCCAGGUUACAUGAACAUCUAAAGUAUUUUGUAAACUUGAAGAUUUCCACAGACAAGUCUUGGCAAGGUGUUACCAUCUACUUCUCAGGCCAUGAGACACCCGGAGAAGGAGAGCAUAAAAUCAUGGAAUUUAUCAGGUCUGAGAAAGCAAAGCCAGAUCAUGAUCCCAACACCAGGCACUGUCUUUAUGGUUUAGAUGCUGACUUGAUUAUGCUUGGAUUAACAAGUCAUGAGGCUCAUUUCUCUCUUUUAAGAGAAGAGGUUCGUUUUGGUGGCAAAAAAACACAAAGGGUAUGUGCACCAGAAGAAACCACAUUUCACCUCCUACACUUGUCUUUAAUGAGAGAGUAUAUCGAUUAUGAGUUUUCCAUAUUAAAAGAAAAGAUCUCAUUUAAAUAUGAUAUUGAGAGGAUAAUAGAUGAUUGGAUUUUGAUGGGAUUUCUUGUUGGCAAUGAUUUUAUUCCUCAUCUACCUCAUUUACAUAUUAAUCAUGAUGCACUGCCUCUUCUUUAUGGAACAUAUAUUACCAUCCUGCCAGAACUUGGGGGUUAUAUCAAUGAAAAUGGCCAUCUCAACUUACCUCGCUUUGAGAGAUACCUUAUAAAAUUAUCAGAUUUUGAUCGUGAACACUUCAGUGAAGUUUUUGUGGAUCUAAAGUGGUUUGAAAGCAAAGUUGGGAACAAGUACCUUAAUGAAGCAGCAGGUGUUGCAGCAGAAGAAGCCAAGAUCUACAAGGAAAAGAAAAAAUCAAAGGAAAAUUCCGUCUGUUGGGCUGCUUUGGACAAAAAUGAAUCUGAAGUGACAGCAUCUAAGAGUAAUUUGGAAGAUGAAGCUGAAGAUGACGACCUAUUUGAAACUGAAUUUAGGCAAUAUAAAAGAACAUAUUAUAUGACGAAGAUGGGAGUUGAUGUAGUGUCAGACGACUUUCUGGCUGACCAAGCUGCAUGUUAUGUUCAAGCAAUACAGUGGAUCUUGCACUAUUAUUACCAUGGAGUUCAGUCCUGGAGCUGGUAUUACCCUUAUCACUACGCACCAUUUCUAUCAGAUAUCCGGAACAUUAAUACACUUCAAAUCCAUUUUGAACUAGGAAAACCUUUUAAGCCAUUUGAACAGCUUCUUGCUGUACUUCCAUCAGCUAGCAAAAAUUUACUUCCUACCUGUUACCAGCAUUUGAUGACCAGUGAAGACUCGCCAAUUAUAGAAUACUAUCCACCUGAUUUUAAAACUGACCUAAAUGGGAAACAACAGGAAUGGGAGGCUGUGGUUUUAAUACCUUUUAUUGAUGAGAAGCGAUUGUUGGAAGCUAUGGCAUCAUGUAAUCACUCUCUCAAAAAAGAAGAGAGGAAAAGAAACCAACAUAGUGAAUGCUUAAUGUGCUGGUACGAUAGAGACACAGAGUUCAUCUACCCCUCCCCAUGGCCGGAGAAAUUCCCUGCCAUACAAGGAUGCAGUACAAGGUACCAAAUAAUAUCUUUAGAUGCUUGGCGUGUAGACAUAAGCAAAAACAAAAUAACCAGGGUUGACCAGAAGGCAUUAUAUUUCUGUGGAUUUCCUACUUUGAAGCAUAUCAAACACAAAUUUUUUUUGAAGAAAAGUGGUGUACAAGUAUUCCAACAAAGCAGUCGUGGAGAAAAUAUGAUGUUGGAAAUCUUACUAAAUGUAGACUCAGAUGAACUAAGCAUAGAAAAUGUUGCUUCAUUAGUGCUUGGAAAGUCUGUGUUUGUUAAUUGGCCUCACCUUGAAGAAGCUAGAGUUGUAGCUGCAUCAGAUGGAGAAACUAAGUUUUAUUUGGAAGAACCUCCAGGAACACAGAAGCUUUAUUUGGGAAAAACUGUUCCACCAUCUAAAGUGGCCCAUCUUGGAGAUAAAGAACAAUCUAACUGGACAAAAGAAGUACAAGGAAUUUCAGAACAGUACCUGAGAAGAAAAGGAAUAAUAAUAAAUGAAACAUCAGUAGUUGUGUAUGCUCAGUUACUUACAGGUCAUAAAUAUCAAGUAAAUCCAAAUGGUGAAGUCAGACUAGAGAAACAGUGGUCAAAGCAAGUUCUUCCUUUUGUUUAUCAAACGAUUGUUAAGGACAUCCGAGCUUUUGAUUCCCGUUUCUCCAAUAUCAAAACAUUGGAUGACUUAUUUCCUCCUAAAAGUAUGGUCUUCAUGCUGGGAACUCCCUAUUAUGGCUGCACUGGAGAAGUUCAGGACUCAGGUGAUGUGAUUACAGAAGGUAGGAUUCGUGUGGUUUUCAACAUUCCAUGUGAGCCCAAUCUUGAUGCUUUAAUCCAGAACCAGCAUAAAUAUUCUAUAAAGUACAACCCAGGAUAUGUGUUGGCCAGUCGCCUUGGAGUGAGUGGAUACCUUGUUUCAAGGUUUACAGGAAGUAUUUUUAUUGGAAGAGGAUCUAGGAGAAACCCUCAUGGAGAUCAUAAAGCAAAUGUGGGUUUGAAUCUCAAAUUCAACAAAAAAAAUGAGGAGGUACCUGGCUAUACCAAGAAAGUAGGAAGUGAAUGGAUGUAUUCAUCUGCAGCAGAACAACUUCUUGCCGAGUACUUAGAGAGAGCUCCAGAACUAUUCAGUUAUAUAGCCAAAAACAGCCAAGAGGAUGUGUUUUAUGAAGAUGACAUUUGGCCAGGAGAAAAUGAAAAUGGUGCUGAGAAAGUGCAAGAGAUUAUUACUUGGCUAAAGGGACAUCCUGUCAGUACUUUGUCUCGUUCUUCUUGUGAUUUACAAAUUCUGGAUGCAGCUAUUGUUGAAAAAAUCGAAGAAGAAAUUGAAAAGUGCAAGCAAAGAAAGAAUAAUAAGAAGGUCCGAGUGACAGUGAAGCCCCAUUUGCUGUACAGACCUUUAGAACAGCAGCAUGGAGUCAUCCCUGAUCGGGAUGCAGAAUUUCAUCUAUUUGACCGAGUGGUAAACGUGAGAGAGAACUUUUCAGUUCCCGUUGGUCUUCGAGGCACCAUUAUAGGAAUUAAAGGAGCUAAUAGAGAAGCAGAUAUACUAUUUGAAGUACUAUUUGAUGAAGAAUUUCCUGGGGGUUUAACAAUAAGGUGCUUACCUGGUAGAGGUUAUCGAUUGCCAACAAGUGCCUUAGUGAACCUUUCUCACGGGAGCCGCUCUGAAACCGGGAGUCAGAAGUUGACAGCCAUCGUGAAGCCACAACCAGCUGUAGAUCAUUCUAGCUCCAGCUCAUCAACCUCCUCUGGGCAUUUGGGAGGCCUCAACCACUCCCCUCAGUCGCUUUUUAUUCCCACGCAAGUAUCUACUAAAGAAGAUGAUGAAUUUUGCAACAUUUGGCAGUCCUUACAAGGAUCUGGAAAGGUUCAGAACUUUCAGCCAACUAUUCAAGAGAAGGGUACAACUCUACCUCAAGCAAUAAGUCAAGUAACUCAACAUCAUAAAUCUGGCAUCAAUGACAACAGUAUUAAAGAUCAGCAAAGAAAAUAUGAUCCCCAUAAAAAAUUUAAAGAAGAAUGUAAGAAUCCUAAAAAUGAAUGUCAAACACAAAAACUGUCAAAUAAGCAGACUUUUGGAGGACCUGCCAAAUGCAAUAUUAAACUACUGAAGAGAAAUGAAAGUCCGGAAGUCUCAGAAACUCAGCAGGUUGUGACUGCUCCCUCACAUCCCCUGGCUAAGCCUAAGCCUGGAAUUGAGAACUUUUUAGCAUCCUUGAGUAUCUCCAGAGAAACUGAAGUGCAGCCGUCUUCCCCCAAAGAGCCUCCAAGUGAGGAACACUUGUCACCGCAGUCAUUUGCUCUGAAGGGAACACGGAUGCUUAAAGAAAUUCUCAAAAUUGAUGGCUCUGAUUCUGCGGACCAUAGCAAUGAAGUGAAACAGUUUGGUAAUGAAGUCACUGCUUCUUCUCAUAGAAGAGAUGAAUAUGGAUCUUCCUCACAGCCUAAGCAAAAUAGGAAGCUAGCAGCUUACAUGAACAAGUCUCAUAGUCCUAAUGAGUACCAUAAUGUUCCAUCUAUGGACAAUGUGUGUUUGCCAACUCCCAGCCAGAUCCCUUCGGUUUCCACACCAGUAACUGAACUUUCUCGAAUUUGUUCCCUUGUUGGAAUGCCACAACCAGAUUUCUCCUUUCUUAGAACACCACAGACAAUGACAGUCUGCCAGGUACAGCUAUCUAAUGGGUUACUGGUGCGUGGACCGCAGUGCCGCUCCGAAAAUGAAGCCAAGGAGAAAGCUGCGUGUUUUGCUUUGCAUCAGUUGAGCUCACUGGGACUGAAUUUCUCUGUGCCUCUACCAAUAUUUCCGAAUUAUCCACCUGCUGUGCCACCUGGAACCAUCCCUUCAGUUUUCCCUCAACCUACCAGCUGGGAUCAUUACGGAAGCAACUUAUCCCUGGGAUCAGCCACUAUAAUGCCUGCACCGUCUCACCUCUUUGGCACAGUGCCAUGGGGACAGCCAGUGCCAGUACCUGGAAAGCCGUUCCAUCAUGCCUCUUAUCCUGGACCCGGACCCAUGGCAGGAGGGAUGGCAGCUGGUGUGCACAAUCAGUUCAUCCCUUUGCAGGUUACUAAGAAAAGGGUUGCAAAUAAAAAGAACUAUGAGAAUAAGGAUGCUCAGGGUUCUUCUCAAGCUGCCCCGCUUCAGACUAGCCAGCCAGCAUCUUCAGAGAGCUCCACGCGGACUCCACCACAGGAGAGCCCAGCAGCAUCUGGGAAAUCCCCUCAGAGGCCUCAGCCUGCGUCGUCUUCUCAAGUGGAAGCUGCCUCCCACGGCCGCAGUACAUCUCACUCAAAGUCAACACCAAGUUCCUCAAGAAGAAAACCAAGAAAACUGGCUGUCAAUUUUGGUGUUUCCAAGCCUUCUGAAUAAAUUUGGUACUUGCAA